CUAUUCUACUGCCCUUCCGCCGCAUGUUAUUUUACCAUCUUACGAUGUUCUGCGGCAUAUGGGGUACAGGUUUUAGCUGUAACAUAAAGGUACUAACUAAAAGUUACUAAAGCUGUCUUAAAAGGGAGCUAAAAAAGGGUCGAAAAGGGUCGAAAAUGCCCUGCAUUAGCGACUGGUACAGCUGAACUAGAACUCUAGCUGAACUUACUGACCCAAAUCAAUCGCCGCCAAUCUAGCCACCACCUGCCCUCCUGCAAAUUACCGCGCGCGACAGCCACCGUACCGCCGCCUAGCCGCCCAUCUCCCCCCGACCACCACACCGGUCCCAACACACCUUAUAAGCCUAAGCCUUCCCCCCGGGCCCUACACCACUCUACUAUACCUGCUGUGCAGUUAGUGCUACACCACCACAUCACGAAACACACAUAAGAAGCAUUUGGCAUACUGGCGCGCACACGCUCCCGCCUCUGCCACGCUAUGUAUCUGGGGGUCGGGCAACGGCGCUGCAUCACCCUUGUCCUGAGCGCCUUCAUCGCAAUCGUUUUCUGCGCCUCGUACUGGCAGUGGUCCGGCGGCGAGCAUGUGCGGCUAAUCCCAUCAUUCCAUGAUGCCGAUGUGGCCGGCGCAGGGAAGGGCGGCGUGCUGACGAAGCCGGGGACUGCGAAGGAGCUGAGCCCGGAUGAGGUUGUGCUAGCCGAGUAUGAUGAGGCGCCUAUACGGGAGAUGUGCGCGAAUUCGUCGUGGGCGGAUAGUCGGAAUGUGGUUGUUAACUGCGAGAGCCGCGUCGGCGGAGUCGGCAACGUUCGCCAAGAAUUCCUUGUCUGCGUGCGCCAGGCCAUCGAAAUCGGCGCCUCGCUGAUCCGCCCCAACAUCAUGCUGCGAUCUGAGGGGCUAAUAGAAUACCAGAACGGGCCCGUCCAGAACAUGUCGUACCUUUUCAACCUAGAGCUGUUUGACGCGCGCCUCCGCUCCGCGUGCCCUUACAUGCCUAUAUAUAACGACCUUGCGGAGGUGGAGCACGUCGGCGAGAUCGCGCGCGUGGACCGGCCACGGAACCUUCCGGAGGAGCAGGGCGUUCAGCUGUCGUUUACAGAGUGGGCGAGGUUGAAUCGACAGCCAGAGGGCAAGAUUACCGUUAUUACCAUGCCAAGGAUCACGGGGCAGACACCUGUAUGCGACGACCCCUCCCCUUUCGUGGCCAACUUCGGCCGCCUCGUCGAGUUCCGUACCGACACCCAACGCCUCGCCUCCACCAUCCUCUCUGCGCUCCUUACACGCUUCUCGCCUGCUUUCCUCCCCUACUACGGCCUCGCGAACAACACCUUCAUCGGACUGCACUUCCGCACCGAGAUUGACGCCGUUAACGUCGGCUAUACUAGCUUCGAGGAGCAGACUGCUGCGUACCUGUCCUUCGUCUCCGCAACGCCGAUUCGCGCCAUCUACGCCGCGUCAGGGAAUACGACGAGUCUGUCCCUUUUUGCGGUUGAGGCGGCGAAGCUCAACCCCCCUGCCACGGUAGUAGCGAAGGGGGAUUUACUAGAGGGUAAAGACAAACAGGCGUUGGAGGCGCUUACGUGGGAUCAGCAAGCUCUCGUCGAUUACCUCGUCCUCACGAAAGCGGCGCAGUUCGCGGGCGUGAGCGAUAGUUCGUUUUCCUGGGGCAUUGCGUAUGCGCGCCAAGUAGUGAGCGCUGAGGCCGGAACGUGUCAGAGUGUUGGCGGAUUAGAGAAGGGGGUGCAGUUCCGGGAUGAGCUAUCAACGGUUUUUGGGCGGCCGAGGGAUUGGCAUAUUAAUAAGCUGUGGCCGUGAGGUGAGUAGGGGUAGGGGUGU